UACUUUGCAGCAGAGAAGACUAGAGCAUCAUUGCAGAGUGCACUGUUACCUAGCGUGGAUUCAGCACAACAUCUCUCUCUCUCUCUCUCUCUCUCUCUCUCUCUCUCUCUCCUUCACUCACUAGCCUCACAGACUGACUGUUUCCUGCUCAUUCUCUCUCUCUCUCUGCCUCUCUGCGCAUCACCAGUGAGCAAGAGUGAAGAAGAGGUUGCGAGUUCUGCAGCUCCAGAAGGAGUGGACGGAAGCAGCCUGAGCCGACGCAGCAUAUUUUUGGGCCAGACAUCACUGGACUCCAGGCUUGAGCUCUCUAGAGGACAGCCACCAUGUGUGACUGUUUUCAUCUGGCGUUCCCCAAUUGGCAUGCACCAGCUGCGGGUGCUGGGCGAAGGCUGAGGGGACCGGAACAAGAAGAAGAGGAUGAUUCAGUAUGUGAGGAACCUGAAAUUUUAGAGAAGGAAAGACCUCGUCCUCAAGGCUCAUCACCAGUAGAAGAAUUUCCUGUUGAAAAACAGGCUGAGGAAGAUAUCUCUGACUCAGCACACAAGAGUGGGAGCAACAAAAAAAGCAGAAAAGCCGGCUUUGGAUCUCUGUUUGACAAGCGCACAUCUGACAAAAUGAAUGAAACAGAGGACAUGCAGAGUGAUGAAUCUGAAAUGAUUGUGAAAACAGUGAAAGAAGCAUGUGUUGAGGGCUUAGUCGUGACUGGUGGAGGGAAAGAGGGGAUAUUCAUCAAAGAAGUGAAACUAGAUUCACCUGCUUCCAAACAUCUAAGUGUGAAAGAGGGUGAUCAAAUACUAAGUGCUACAGUAUACUUUGAUAAUGUUUCAUACGAAGAUGCACUUCAUAUUCUUGAGCAUGCUCAACCAUAUAAAAUGGAAUUCUGUCUAAGGCGCAAAAUGGAACCAAGCAUACCAGAAAAUGCUGAAAUUAUACAUACAAAGGAAAAAGAGCAGGGUCCACCAAUGAUGAGAAGUCAGAGAAAGAUGAAAAAACAGCAAGAACGUAUCUCAUGGCCAAAGUUCCCAUCCUUUGGCAAGGGACCCAGAGUGCAAUUCAAGAGAUCUCACAGCACAUCAGAAGCAGAGGAACACAGGAAAUUAGAGAUGAGCCCACCAACAAGUGAUGCUGAAUCUCCACUGAAAUGUCCAGAUGGAAAAGACAAGAAAAAAAAACACAAAGUCCAACUAAAAAUGAAGAUGAAGGGCCACAGGAGCAAGUCUGUUGAGGAACCCCAGAGAAAUGAACAGUUGGUUUGGGAAAAUCAACAAGUGGAGUAUAUAUUAGAAGAAAAGGUUCUUGAAAGACAUGAGGAACAAAUGCAAGAGAUCCCACAGGUCCUAAGUGAAGCUGAAAAUGAGGUUUCUUCCAAGACUGGGACUGAUGAUCCAUUUCAGAGUUUGUCAGCAAUGGAACGGCACGAGGCUCAUUUAAUUAGCUUGGGCAACACAUUAAAGACUACAGAUAUUUCAGUCGCUCUUGCAGAGGGCGGAAAAAUAGAGAGUUCAGAAAUGAACAUCAGAAUUCAUCAGAAGGAAAAACCUGAUAUUGGAACAGAAAACCAAGUAGAAACUAUCAAAGCUUUGUACACAAUUUCAGAUCCAUCAGCCUGUGACAAUAUUCUAUUAUCACAGGCAGAGGUAGAAAUAUCUCAAUUUGACAAUGACCUCAACAGACAGGGAACAGAAAAAGAUAGUUCUGGGAAAAAAAUGGAAUCUGGAAAUGUAGAACUUAGCAUGCCAAAUUUAGAUACAUGUGUAGAAGUAACAAAAAAAUCUCCAAGGAUUGGUGAUGAAAAGCAAUGGAAGGAGAUGUUUGAAAAUGAGAGUUAUGGGAUUCGAACCAGAGGUCCAUUGGCAGACAUGGCCACAUCAAAGACCCACUUUGUGAGCACAGUAAAUGGGCUUCAGUUCAUUUCACCAGAUUUUUCUGAGAUAACGCAAGUGGGGAAAAUGUCUGAUGGCAUCAGUGACACAAAGAAACCAACUGUUACUUUCCUACCAAAACCUGGAAGUGCUGAUUUGGCUGGAGACAAAGAAUAUUCACCUUUAGAAAUCAAAACUUGCAAGUUACCAACAGAAACUACUGAUUUCAUUCUAGUAGAUCUAGAUAGAAGAUCAGCAUCAAAGUUUAAAUUGCCAAAGGUAGAUGGCACUGGAUUUGUAACCCAUGAACUAAUCAAAAUGACAGCGGUGGAAAAAAAUACAACCCAUCUACCAAAACGAGAAGAUAUUGAAAUUCCAGGAAUGGAAAAUAAAGAAACAAAACCCAGUCUUCAGACACCUGAAAUUAAGGUUCCAAAAAUUGAGAAAAUUAUAAAUGUUACAAAGCAGAAAGAAAUCCAGGAUCUACAAACAGAAGAAGAGUUCAAUGUUGAGGAUGUUAAAGUGGCUGUUUCCAAAUUCCCUGCUUUUAAACUGCCUGAGGGGGACAUAACAGGUGUUCUUGUGCAAAGAGAAAUUACAAUUAUGGAACUAAAGACAGAUAAGUCUAUGUUGACCCCUAGGGGAUCUCCACAUAAAACAUCCAUCACAAGUACAGACAGUAGCACGAGUUACCCUAAAAGUAAAGUAGGUGAAGAAAAGUCACCAGCUUCUGAUAUUGUAGAUAAGGGCACAGCAAUCAAGAUGCCAAAAGUUGAGCUACGUUAUACUGAUGAGCAUACAUCAACAGCUUUGAUGAAAAUAGACCAUCCACAGAUAACAGAUUAUGGGAGAUGUAGAGACAUAAACUUCAAGCUCCCAAAGCGGGAAGAUAUUGAAAUACCAGGGAUGGAAGCCAUAAAGGAAUCACAGCUACAGAAUACAGUAAAAGUAGUCAGUGACACAGACCUUAAUCAACCUGAAAAGCCGAAAACUAAAAAAUACGGUGACAAGAAAGGUCAUGAAAAGAAAUCUAAGAAACCAAAAAUAUCCAUCCAAGGAUUUGAAAUAACUAAAUCUGAUAUUGAGUGUACAGAUAUUAGUACUGAAUUACCAAAGAAGGAUUCCUCUAAAAUGGAUACUGGAGAAACAAAGAUCCAUGAAAAACACAAAUUCAAAACCCCCAAAAUAGGGGAAGUUGAGAAUAAAGAUGUUCCAGUACAGGAAACCAAAAUUUUAGAAGAUAAUAUGGAUAAUGGCACUGAUAUAAAUGAAGAUGGACAGUCUGCCAACGUGUAUGGCAGAGCUCAGGACACUGAAACUGAAGGGCAAGGGAGGAAGUUCAAACUGCCAAAAUUUGAGAUCAGUUUUCCAGAAGUAAAAGCACCAAGAAUUAGUUGUACAUCAAAGAAAGAUGAUGACAGUUCUAUAUCAGAGGAAAGUGGUAAAGUGCCAGUAGUGCAUUCAGCUAAAGCUGAACUACCAGAAGUAAAACCUGAAUUGAGCACAGACCUACCAGAAAUUGAUUCUGAAAUAACUGAAGUGAAAAUUAAAAGGCCAGGGUUUUCAUUUCCCAGGUUUGGGAUAUCUAAAUCAGAACAUACAGCCCCAGCAGCUGAUGUUAGUCGCACAAAUGUUGAUAUGUCUUUACCAGACUCACAAACAGUCAUGGAGGAUACAAACACAAAUAUUGCAAUAUCAGUGAAAGAAGGUAAACAAAAGGAUGCAACAAAGUUUGGUUCUCCAACAAAGUUCAAAAUCCCUUCAAUCAAGUUUCCAAGUUUUGGAGCUAAAGUUACUAAGGCAGCAAUGGAGACCUCUGAUGUACAUGUUGGCGUUAAACGAGCUGAUACAAGUCUGCCCGAUACAGAGUUAAAAUUAUCUGCUGAGCCGAUAAUUGAGACGAUUUUAGUUGAUAUAAAAGACCCUGAUGUAGACAAACAAAAGAAAUCUGUCAGUAUGGAAUCUAUUAAUAUGGACAUCCAAAAUGAGGCACAAGUGGGUAAAUUCAAAUUGCCACAAUUUGGAAUCAGUGAUCUUGAAAUAAAGGGACCAAAAGUAGAUGUAAGUUCAGACAAGGCAGAGAUUGACAUUUCUGUACCAAAGGCAAAAGUAGAAGUUCAACCACCUGAUGUUGAAUUGCAAGGUCUAAGAGCUGAAAUAAAAGCUGACCUGCCAGAAAUAGAUUCUAAAGAUCUUGAAGUGAAAAUUAAGACACCAGGCUUUUCAUUUCCUACAACUGGAUUUCGUAAAUCAGACAUUAAGGCUUCUGAAGGUGACGUGAGUCUCCCAAAUUUUGAUGUGUCUUUGCAUGAAGGAAGUAUAGAAAUGGAAAGACCAACUACUGAUGUUACUACAUCAUUGGAAGAUGGAGAACAAAAAGACCCAAUAAAGUUUAAAUUGCCAUCAGUUACCUUCCCAAAAUUUGGAGCCAAAGGCCCAAAAGGUACAUUAGAGGUCUCUGAUGUGGGUGUAGAUGUUAAAGGACCUGAAAUAAGUCUACCAGAUGCAGAGAUAAAAUUGUCAUCUGAGCCCCUCUCAGUGAAUAUAAAAGGGCCUGGUGCAGACAAAGAAAGGAAAUCUCUCAGUAUGGAAAUGAAAGAUCAGGACAUCCAAAUUAAGGAACAAGGGAGUAAAUUCAAAUUGCCAAAAUUUGGAAUCAGCCUUCCUGACGUAAAAGGGCCAAAAAUAGAUAUAAGUUCAGACAAGACAGAGAUUGACAUUUCUGUACCAAAGGCAAAAGUAGAAGUUCAUCCACCUGAUGUUGAAUUGCAAGGUCUAAGAGCUGAAAUAAAAGCUGACCUGCCAGAAGUAGAUUCUAAAGAUCUUGAAGUGAAAAUGAAGACACCAGGCUUUUCAUUUCCUAGAAGUGGCUUUAGUAAAACAGAAAUUAAGGCUCCCAAAGGUGAUGUGGGUCUCCCAAAUGUUGAUGUGGCUUUGCCUGAAGGAAGUAUAGAAAUUGAAAGACCAACUACAGAUGUCACAAUACCAAUGGAAGAGGCAGAACAAAAAGAGCCAACAAAGUUUAAAAUGCCUUCAAUCAACUUCCCAAAGUUUGGAACUAAAGGUCCAAAGGCUACAAUAGAGGUCUCUGAUGUGAAUGUAGACGUUAAAGGACCUGAAAUAAGUCUACCAGAUGCAGAGAUAAAAUUGUCAGCUGAGCCAAUCUCAGUGGGUAUAAAAGGGCCUGAUGCAGACAAAGAAAUGAAAUCUCUCAGUAUGGAUAUGAAAGAUCAGGACAUCCAAAUUAAGGAACAAGGGAGCACAUUCAAAUUGCCAAAAUUUGGAAUCAAUGUUCCUGAAAUAAAGGGACCAAAAAUAGAUAUAAGUUCAGACAAGGCAGAGAUUGACAUUUCUGUACCAAAGGCAAAAGUAGAAGUGCAUCCAGCCAAUGUUGAAGUGGAAGGUGUAACGGCUGAAAUAAAAGCUGAAUUGCCAGAAGUAGAUUCUAAAGAUCUUGAAGUGAAAAUGAAGACACCAGGCUUUUCAUUUCCUAGAAUUGGAUUUAGUAAAUCAGAAGUUAAGGCUCCCGAAGGUGAUGUGAGUCUCCCAAAUGUUGAUCUGCCUUUGCCUGAAGGAAUUAUAAACAUUGAAAGACCAACUACAGAUAUCACAAUACCAAUGGAAGAGGCAGAACAAAAAGGUCGGUCAAAAUUUGGUUCUCCAACAAAGUUUAAAUUGCCUUCAAUCAACUUCCCAAAGUUUGGAACUAAAGGUCCAAAGGCCACAGUGGAGCUCUCUGAUGUGAAUGUAGACGUUAAAGGACCUGAAGUAAGUCUACCAGAUGCAGAGAUAAAAUUGUCAGCUGAGCCAAUCUCAGUGGAUAUAAAAGGGCCUGAUGCAGACAAAGAAAUGAAAUCUCUCAGUAUGGAUAUGAAAGAUCAGGACAUCCAAAUUAAGGAACAAGGGAGCACAUUCAAAUUGCCAAAAUUUGGAAUCAAUGUUCCUGAAAUAAAGGGACCAAAAAUAGACGUAAGUUCAGACAAGGCAGAGAUUGACAUUUCUGUACCAAAGGCAAAAGUAGAAGUGCAUCCACCCGAUGUCGAAGUGGAAGGUGUAAUGGCUAAAAUAAAAGCUGACCUGCCAGAAGUAGAUUCUCAAGAUCUUGAAGUGAAAAUGAAGACACCAGGCUUUUCAUUUCCUAGAAUUGGAUUUAGUAAAUCAGAAGUUAAGGCUCCUGAAGGUGAUGUGAGUCUCCCAAAUGUUGAUGUGCCUUUGCCUGAAGGAAGUAUAGAAAUUGAAAGACCAACUACAGAUGUCACAAUACCAAUGGAAGAUGCAGAACAAAAAGAUCGGUCAAAGUUUGGUUCUCCAACAAAGUUUAAAUUGCCGUCAAUCAACUUCCCAAAGUUUGGAACUAAAGGUCCAAAGGCCACAGUGGAGGUCUCUGAUGUGAAUGUAGACAUUAAAGGACCUGACAUAAGUCUACCAGAUGCAGAGAUAAAAUUGUCAGCUGAGCCAAUCUCAGUGGAUAUAAAAGGGCCUGAUGCCGACAAAGAAAUGAAAUCUCUCAGUAUGGAUAUGAAAGAUCAGGACAUCCAAAUUAAGGAACAAGGAAGUAAAUUCAAAUUGCCAAAAUUUGGAAUCAGUGUUCCUGAAUUAAAGGGACCAAAAAUAGAUGUAAGUUCAGAUAAGGCAAAGAUUGACAUUUCUGUACCAAAGGCAAAAGUAGAAGUGCAUCCACCCAAUGUCGAAGUGGAAGGUGUAACGGCUGAAAUAAAAGCUGACCUGCCAGAAGUAGAUUCUAAAGAUAUUGAAGUGAAAAUGAAGACACCAGGCUUUUCAUUUCCUAGAAUUGGAUUUAGUAAAUCAGAAGUCAAAGCUCCUGAAGGUGAUGUGAGUCUCCCAAAUGUUGAUGUGCCUUUGCCUGAAGGAAGUAUAGAAUUUGAAAGACCAACUACAGAUGUCACAAUACCAAUGGAAGAGGCAGAACAAAAAGGUCGGUCAAAGUUUGGUUCUCCAACAAAGUUUAAAAUGCCUUCAAUCAACUUCCCAAAGUUUGGAACUAAAGGUCCAAAGGCUACAAUAGAGGUCUCUGAUGUGAAUGUUGACGUUAAAGGAACUGAAGUAAGUCUACCAGAUGCAGAGAUAAAAUUGUCAGCUGAGCCAAUCUCAGUGGAUAUAAAAGGGCCUGAUGCAGACAAAGAAAUGAAAUCUCUCAGUAUGGAUAUGAAAGAUCAGGAUAUCCAAAUUAAGGAACAAGGGAGUAAAUUCAAAUUGCCAAAAUUUGGAAUCAGUGUUCCCGAAUUAAAGGGACCAAAAAUAGAUAUAAGUUCAGACAAGCCAGAGAUUGACAUUUCUGUACCAAAGGCAAAAGUAGAAAUGCAUCCACCCGAUGUCAAAUUGCAAAAAGUAACAGCUGAAAUAAAAGCUGACCUGCCAGAAGUAGAUUCUCAAGAUCUUGAAGUGAAAAUGAAGACACCAGGCUUUUCAUUUCCUAGAAUUGGAUUUAGUAAAUCAGAAGUUAAGGCUCCUGAAGGUGAUGUGAGUCUCCCAAAUGUUGAUGUGUCUUUGCCUGAAGGAAGUAUAGAAAUUGAAAGACCAACUACAGAUGUCACAAUACCAAUGGAAGAUGCAGAACAAAAAGAUCGGUCAAAGUUUGGUUCUCCAACAAAGUUUAAAUUGCCGUCAAUCAACUUCCCAAAGUUUGGAACUAAAGGUCCAAAGGCCACAGUGGAGGUCUCUGAUGUGAAUGUAGACAUUAAAGGACCUGACAUAAGUCUACCAGAUGCAGAGAUAAAAUUGUCAGCUGAGCCAAUCUCAGUGGAUAUAAAAGGGCCUGAUGCCGACAAAGAAAUGAAAUCUCUCAGUAUGGAUAUGAAAGAUCAGGACAUCCAAAUUAAGGAACAAGGGAGUAAAUUCAAAUUGCCAAAAUUUGGAAUCAGUGUUCCUGAAAUAAAGGGACCCAAAAUAGAUGUAAGUCCAGAUAAGGCAAACAUUGACAUUUCUGUACCAAAGGCAAAAGUAGAAAUACAUCCACCCGAAGUUGAAGUGCAAAAAGUAACAGCUGAAAUAAAAGCUGAUCUGCCAGAAGUAGAUUCUAAAGAUCUUGAAGUGAAAAUGAAGACACCAGGCUUUUCAUUUCCUAGAAUUGGAUUUAGUAAAUCAGAAGUUAAGGCUCCUGAAGGUGAUGUGAGUCUCCCAAAUGUUGAUGUGUCUUUGCCUGAAGGAAGUAUAGAAAUUGAAAGACCAACUACAGAUGUCACAAUACCAAUGGAAGAUGCAGAACAAAAAGAUCGGUCAAAGUUUGGUUCUCCAACAAAGUUUAAAUUGCCGUCAAUCAACUUCCCAAAGUUUGGAACUAAAGGUCCAAAGGCCACAGUGGAGGUCUCUGAUGUGAAUGUAGACAUUAAAGGACCUGACAUAAGUCUACCAGAUGCAGAGAUAAAAUUGUCAGCUGAGCCAAUCUCAGUGGAUAUAAAAGGGCCUGAUGCCGACAAAGAAAUGAAAUCUCUCAGUAUGGAUAUGAAAGAUCAGGACAUCCAAAUUAAGGAACAAGGAAGUAAAUUCAAAUUGCCAAAAUUUGGAAUCAGUGUUCCUGAAUUAAAGGGACCAAAAAUAGAUGUAAGUUCAGAUAAGGCAAAGAUUGACAUUUCUGUACCAAAGGCAAAAGUAGAAGUGCAUCCACCCAAUGUCGAAGUGGAAGGUGUAACGGCUGAAAUAAAAGCUGACCUGCCAGAAGUAGAUUCUAAAGAUACUGAAGUGAAAAUGAAGACACCAGGCUUUUCAUUUCCUAGAAUUGGAUUUAGUAAAUCAGAAGUCAAAGCUCCUGAAGGUGAUGUGAGUCUCCCAAAUGUUGAUGUGCCUUUGCCUGAAGGAAGUAUAGAAUUUGAAAGACCAACUACAGAUGUCACAAUACCAAUGGAAGAGGCAGAACAAAAAGGUCGGUCAAAGUUUGGUUCUCCAACAAAGUUUAAAAUGCCUUCAAUCAACUUCCCAAAGUUUGGAACUAAAGGUCCAAAGGCUACAAUAGAGGUCUCUGAUGUGAAUGUUGACGUUAAAGGACCUGAAGUAAGUCUACCAGAUGCAGAGAUAAAAUUGUCAGCUGAGCCAAUCUCAGUGGAUAUAAAAGGGCCUGAUGCAGACAAAGAAAUGAAAUCUCUCAGUAUGGAUAUGAAAGAUCAGGAUAUCCAAAUUAAGGAACAAGGGAGUAAAUUCAAAUUGCCAAAAUUUGGAAUCAGUGUUCCCGAAUUAAAGGGACCAAAAAUAGAUAUAAGUUCAGACAAGGCAGAGAUUGACAUUUCUUUACCAAAGGCAAAAGUAGAAAUGCAUCCACCCGAUGUCAAAUUGCAAAAAGUAAAAGCUGAAAUAAAAGCUGACCUGCCAGAAGUAGAUUCUCAAGAUCUUGAAGUGAAAAUGAAGACACCAGGCUUUUCAUUUCCUAGAAUUGGAUUUAGUAAAUCAGAAGUUAAGGCUCCUGAAGGUGAUGUGAGUCUCCCAAAUGUUGAUGUGUCUUUGCCUGAAGGAAGUAUAGAAAUUGAAAGACCAACUACAGAUGUCACAAUACCAAUGGAAGAUGCAGAACAAAAAGAUCGGUCAAAGUUUGGUUCUCCAACAAAGUUUAAAUUGCCGUCAAUCAACUUCCCAAAGUUUGGAACUAAAGGUCCAAAGGCCACAGUGGAGGUCUCUGAUGUGAAUGUAGACAUUAAAGGACCUGACAUAAGUCUACCAGAUGCAGAGAUAAAAUUGUCAGCUGAGCCAAUCUCAGUGGAUAUAAAAGGGCCUGAUGCCGACAAAGAAAUGAAAUCUCUCAGUAUGGAUAUGAAAGAUCAGGACAUCCAAAUUAAGGAACAAGGAAGUAAAUUCAAAUUGCCAAAAUUUGGAAUCAGUGUUCCUGAAUUAAAGGGACCAAAAAUAGAUGUAAGUUCAGAUAAGGCAAAGAUUGACAUUUCUGUACCAAAGGCAAAAGUAGAAGUGCAUCCACCCAAUGUCGAAGUGGAAGGUGUAACGGCUGAAAUAAAAGCUGACCUGCCAGAAGUAGAUUCUAAAGAUAUUGAAGUGAAAAUGAAGACACCAGGCUUUUCAUUUCCUAGAAUUGGAUUUAGUAAAUCAGAAGUCAAAGCUCCUGAAGGUGAUGUGAGUCUCCCAAAUGUUGAUGUGCCUUUGCCUGAAGGAAGUAUAGAAUUUGAAAGACCAACUACAGAUGUCACAAUACCAAUGGAAGAGGCAGAACAAAAAGGUCGGUCAAAGUUUGGUUCUCCAACAAAGUUUAAAAUGCCUUCAAUCAACUUCCCAAAGUUUGGAACUAAAGGUCCAAAGGCUACAAUAGAGGUCUCUGAUGUGAAUGUUGACGUUAAAGGACCUGAAGUAAGUCUACCAGAUGCAGAGAUAAAAUUGUCAGCUGAGCCAAUCUCAGUGGAUAUAAAAGGGCCUGAUGCCGACAAAGAAAUGAAAUCUCUCAGUAUGGAUAUGAAAGAUCAGGAUAUCCAAAUUAAGGAACAAGGGAGUAAAUUCAAAUUGCCAAAAUUUGGAAUCAGUGUUCCCGAAUUAAAGGGACCAAAAAUAGAUAUAAGUUCAGACAAGGCAGAGAUUGACAUUUCUGUACCAAAGGCAAAAGUAGAAAUACAUCCACCCGAUGUUGAAGUGCAAAAAGUAACAGCUGAAAUAAAAGCUGACCUGCCAGAAGUAGAUUCUCAAGAUCUUGAAGUGAAAAUGAAGACACCAGGCUUUUCAUUUCCUAGAAUUGGAUUUAGUAAAUCAGAAGUUAAGGCUCCUGAAGGUGAUGUGAGUCUCCCAAAUGUUGAUGUGGCUUUGCCUGAAGGAAGUAUGGAAAUGGAAAGACCAACUACAAAUGUCACAAUACCAGUGGAAGAGGCAGAACAAAAAGGUCGGUCAAAAUUUGGUUCUCCAACAAAGUUUAAAAUGCCUUCAAUCAACUUCCCAAAGUUUGGAACUAAAGGUCCAAAGGCUACAAUAGAGGUCUCUGAUGUGAAUGUAGACGUUAAAGGACCUGAAAUAAGUCUACCAGAUGCAGAGAUAAAACUGUCAGCUGAGCCAAUCUCAGUGGGUAUAAAAGGGCCUGAUGCAGACAAAGAAAUGAAAUCUCUCAGUAUGGAUAUGAAAGAUCAGGACAUCCAAAUUAAGGAACAAGGGAGUAAAUUCAAAUUGCCAAAAUUUGAAAUCAGUAUUCCUGAAGUAAAAGGACCAAAAAUAGAUGUAAGCUCAGACAAGGCAAAUAUUGACAUUUCUGUACCAAAAGCAAAAGUAGAAGUGCAUCCAUCCGAUGUCGAAGUGGAAGGUGUAACGGCUGAAAUAAAAGCUGACCUGCCAGAAGUAGAUUCUCAAGAUCUUGAAGUGAAAAUGAAGACACCAGGCUUUUCAUUUCCUAGAAUUGGAUUUAGUAAAUCAGAAGUUAAGGCUCCUGAAGGUGAUGUGAGUCUCCCAAAUGUUGAUGUGUCUUUGCCUGAAGGAAGUAUAGAAAUUGAAAGACCAACUACAGAUGUCACAAUACCAAUGGAAGAGGCAGAACAAAAAGGUCGGUCAAAGUUUGGUUCUCCAACAAAGUUUAAAAUGCCUUCAAUCAACUUCCCAAAGUUUGGAACUAAAGGUCCAAAGGCCGCAGUGGAGGUCUCUGAUGUGAAUGUAGACAUUAAAGGACCUGAAAUAAGUCUACCAGAUGCAGAGAUAAAAUUGUCAGCUGAGCCAAUCUCAGUGGAUAUAAAAGGGCCAGAUGCAGACCAAGAAAUGAAAUCUCUCAGUAUGGAUAUGAAAGAUCAGGACGUCCAAAUUAAGGAACAAGGGAGUAAAUUCAAACUGCCAAAAUUUGGAAUAAGCCUUCCUGACGUAAAAGGACCAAAAUUUGUUGUAAGUUCAGACAAGGAAGAGAUUGACAUUUCUGUACCAAAGGCAAAAGUAGAAGUGCAUCCACCCGAUGUUGAAGUGCAAAAAGUAACAACUGAAAUAAAAGCUGACCUGCCAGAAGUAGAGUCUCAAGAACUUGAAGUGAAAAUGAAGAGACCUGGAUUGUCUUUUCCCAGAUUUAGUAAAUCGGACAGUAAAACUCCAGCAAGUGAUCUGAGUUCCCAAACUGCUGAUGUUUCUUUGCCAGAGGAAAGUAUAAAAAUAGAAGUUCGAACUACAGACAUUAUUGAUUCAAUGGAAAUUGCUGGACAAAAAGAUCCAACAAAGUCUAGUUCACAAACAAAGUUAAAACUUCCGUCAAUAAAACUACCAAAAUUUGGAGUUAAGUCUUCUGUGAGGACAGAUGUUAAAGGACGAGAAAUAAGUUUACCAGAUGAAGAUUUAUCAGCUGAGUCAUUGUCAAUGGAUAUAACAGGACACGACGUAGACAAAGAUGAAAAUUUUGUAAUUGCACAGCCCGAAGUAAAAGGUUCAGAAGUGAAAAUACAGUAUCUUAAUGUUAAAGUUAAUAAUGUGGAAAUAAACAAUGAAGUAACCAUACCAGAAUUGGAUUCCCAAGUGGGAAAAUGUGGAGAUGAGGAUACACCUGUAAAUGAUGCUCUAGAUGUCGUCUUAGAACCAAAACAAAAAUACACACAAAGAGUCAAGACAUCCUCCAAAUUCAAAAUUCCAGCACUUGGUGAUGUUUUCAGUGGCUUUGAAGUUGAAUUUAAUGUACCUAAAUUUGAUGAAAUUGAAGAAUCAAUGAAACCAUAUUCAGAUCCUCUGAAACAUGAACAAAACAUUGCAGUGAGUGGUCAUGUAUCAACAGAGUGUGUAUCAAAAUGUGAAGAUGGAGAAGCUCAGGAAAAAUCGAAGACAGACCAAAACAAAGAGGGUGGGCAAAAACAAACACAACCUGAAAACAGUGACUGGUUUAGAUUUCCCAAGUUUUCCUCUCCAACCAAAACGGCAAAAGACAAUGAGAAAUUCAUUUCCCAAUUACCCAAAAAAGCUGAACACAGUCCACAGAGUGACAUAAAUGAAAAUGAAUCCAAGAAAAGUUUCACAAGAGAGAUUGAUGAGGAUAAUGUCAGUCCAACUUUGUCACUAAGUUCAUCUGAUGCUUUUGCUGAUAUAAGUUCUGCACUUACAACUGAACAGAUUGACCUGUCGCUGGCCAGCCCUACAAAGGUCAAAGUAAAAUAUUCUGAACCCACUCCUAAUGCUGAAGUGAGUGGCAUACAUGGUGAUAUUAUUACUUCAACAGCCAGGACUAAACUAAUAUCCAUGGAGCCUCAUCAGCCAGAGAAAGUAAACAUUCCAUUCUCUUCUGAAACAUCCUCUUCUUCAGUGGAUACUCUGAAACAAAUGUCAGGACACAUAGUUGUGUCAAAUGUAAAAAGUGUGUCUAAAACAGAACAUGCUACAGUCCUCACUAAAGUAGACACACAAGAUACCCAAACAUUGCCUCCAGAAAAAGUAGCUGACUCAAUGUUGUCAGUUGAGGAAACAAUAAUGCGAAAGGGACAUACUAUAGUGGAGAAGCAUGUUGUAAAGGAAAUCUUUGGUGAUGACAAAGAGAAAAUAUUUGUGACACAGAGAAUACAGGUUUUUGAUGGAGAUUCUACUGAGCCUAUCUCUGAUGACACAGCAUCCUCAAUUCAAAAGUUAAGAGAAACUGUACACACUGAAAAAAUUAGAUUUUUUGAGGGGGCAGAGUCAAGUAAAACAAUUCUAAUGAGCACUGAAACAUUACUAAGGCAUGUAGAUUCCUCUACAGAUGAGAAUGAGGGGAAAUGAUUUGAGCUGACACUUUAUUAGAACCAGAAUGAUGGCUGUGUAAACCAGAUAAAUCAGGCUGGUUUCACAAAUCCUGCACAUUUUCCUUUAGCUUGGCUUGUAUAAAUUGGUAUUAUACUUCAGAAUGCAUUUUAUUUCUUGUGUAACCAAAUGUGUUGUGUAAACAUAAUGCAAGUUAGGGCUAACACCAACACUUAUUUAAUAACAUAAUAAAUUAACUAUGGUUAGUGAAUAAUACUUAGAAUACUCAGUAUAGAGAAACAUGGGCAUUCGGCACCCAUUACAGUAAAAUUACUCUCUGUCCGAAUUGUUUACAGUGCCCUCUUGGUCAUAUACAAGUAAAUGUAACUGUGUCACAUUUAGAGAUGUUCAUGGAAAAAUAUAUAAUAUAUGUGACUAUUAAAACGUAAUAAUAGUACAGCAUUUUUUGCAAAAGUCUCAUUGUCAUUGUCAUAAUUAUUGUAUUGCCAUGAACUAUACUCAUAAUUAAAUUUAAGCAUCUAAAAUUUUGCAGCUUUGUGAAGAGAAAGUACUUUUUUUUAAUAGUCUGCCAAGUUCCCUUUCAUUUCCUAUAUUAUUGUAAAACAAUAUAUUUACAUCCAAAUGAAUUACUGUAUUUACACGCAAACAUAUGCCACAAUAAAUCUUAUUUUAAAAA